AUGGAGGCGCCGGAGCCGGGGAGUGUCGAGGAGGCGGAGCAGCCCGGCCCUGUGAAGAGGCCCAGGAGGGCGCCGGCCUCCAGGAGGAGGGGGGCUGCAGAGCCAGCCAGGGAGGCCCGAGGCAAGCGGAGAGGGGCGGCCACCCCGGAUCCGCCUCCAGCACGAGGCGAGGGACAAGCGGGUGGUGCUGCUGCCCAAGAGGAUGCUGGGAGCGACACCAGAAAGAGGCAGGAGGCGCCGGUCCCCCCAUUGCGCCGCCAGAGCACGGAGAACAAGGUGGAGGGGCUGCGGGCCAGGGCCCCUCGCCGAUCCCAGGGGGCAGCCGGCGGUACGGCCUCCCCCAGGGUGCUGUUCACGGGGGUGAUUGACGAGGCGGGUGAGCGGGUGGUCUCGGCGCUGGGCGGGGCGCUGGCCCGGUCCGUCUUCGACUGCACCCACCUGGUGACGGACCGGGUGCGCCGCACGGUGAAGUUCCUGUGCGCCCUGGCCCGCGGGGUGCCCAUCGUCACGCUGGACUGGCUGGACAAGAGUGGGCGCAGCGCCUGCUUCCUGUCGCCCAGCGGCUUUCUGGUGCGGGACGCGGAGCAGGAGCGAAACUUCCACUUCAGCCUCGCCCAGUCGCUGCAGCGAGCGCGCAGGGGGGCCCUGCUGCAGGGCUACGAGAUCCACGUCACCCCCAACGUCAAGCCGGAGCCCGAGCACAUGAAGGACAUUAUCCAGUGCAGCGGGGGGGUCUUCCUGCCCCACAUGCCUCGGACAUACAAGGACAAGCGCAUCAUCAUCUCCUGCCCCGAAGACCUGCCCCGCUGCCGACCCGCCCUGAGCGCCCGGCUGCCCGUCGCCAGCACCGAGUUCAUCCUGACGGGCAUCCUCCAGCAGGCUGUCGACCUGGCCGCCUACCGCCUGGACGGGACGCCUGCCCCGCCCAGCGCCACUGCCCCUGCCACCCGGGCGAGCAAGAGGAAGGGGGCGUCGGGUCCUGCCCCCGCCCCACCCAGGUCUGCCAAGAGGCGGCGCUGAGGGGUCAACAGGCCUUGACCUUGGACCCACAAGCCUUAACCCUGUAAAUACCCCGCUUUUCUAGCAGCAAUAAAGUCAUUUUGAAAUAAAAAUAA